AGUAGCAGUGGUACUCACAAGAGAACGGCGCGAGUAGUGCAAUGGCGGCCGAGCUCCACUUCGUGCUGGUGCCGCUCCUGGCGCAGGGCCACGUGCUUCCCAUGCUCGACCUGGCGCGCCUCGUCGCCGGCCACGGCGGGCGCGCCACCGUCGUGCUGACGCCCGUGAACGCCGCGCGCAACAGGGCCGUCCUGGAGCACGCCGCGCGGGCGGGGCUCGCCGUCGACUUCGCCGAGCUCGCCUUCCCGGGGCCCGCGCUCGGCCUGCCCGAGGGCUUCGAGAACCUCGACAUGGUGACCGACGUAUCUCUCGUCGUCCCCUUCUACGACGCCGUGUGGCUGCUCGCCGAGCCGCUCGAGGCGUACCUCCGGUCGCUGCCCCGGCGCCCAGACUGCCUCGUCGCCGACUCGUGCGGCCCGUGGGCGGCGGGAGUCGCGCGGCGGCUCGGCGUCCCGCGGCUGGUGUUCCACGGCCCGUCCGCGUUCUUCCUCCUCGCCGUGCACAACCUGGCCAGGCACGGCGCGUACGACCGCGCCCCCGGCGACUUCGAGCCGUUCGAGGUACCGGACUUCCCGGUGCGCGCGGUCGUCAACAGGGCGACGUCGCUCGGGUUCUUCCAGUGGCCGGGGCUGGAGAGGCAGCGGCGGGAGACGCUCGAGGCCGAGGCCACCGCCGACGGCCUGCUCGUCAACACGUGCGCGGCCUUGGAGGGCGCGUUCGUCGAGCGCUACGCGGCGGCGCUCGGCCGGAAGGUAUGGGGGGUCGGGCCGCUCUGCCUCCUCAACACCGGCGCCGACACGAUGGCAGGUCGAGGCAACCGCGCGGCCAUGGACGCCGAGCACAUCGUGUCCUGGCUCGACGCGUGGCCGGCGGCGUCCGUGCUCUACGUCAACUUCGGCAGCAUCGCCCGCCUGUUCCCUGCUCAGGUCGCCGAGCUCGCCGCCGGCCUGGAGGCGUCCCGCCGGCCGUUUAUCUGGGCGGUCAAGGACACCGCCGGCCUCGACGCCGAGUUCGAGGCCCGCGUCAAGGACCGGGGCCUGGUGAUCCGCGGGUGGGCGCCGCAGAUGACCAUCCUGUCGCACCGGUCCGCGGGCGGCUUCCUGACGCACUGCGGGUGGAACUCGACGCUGGAGGCCGUCUCCCACGGCGUGCCGCUGCUGACCUGGCCGCACUUCGCCGACCAGUUCCUGAACGAGGCGCUGGCCGUCGACGUGCUGGGCGUCGGCGUCCGUGCCGGCGUGAAGGUGCCGGCCACGCACGCGGGGCUCGUGAGGCCCGGGGAGCUGCUGGAGGUGCAGGUCGGGAGGGACGACGUGGGGAGGGCGGUGGCCGAGCUGAUGGAGGAGGGGCCAGCCGGCGCGGCGCGGCGGGCUAGGGCGAGGGAGCUCGCGGAUAAGGCGAGGGCCGCGAUGGCUGAGGGUGGGUCGUCGGACACUGACGUCAGGAACAUGGUCCUCCACAUCGUCGAGCUCGCUCGGAAGAAGGCGGGCAUGGCUCCUGGUGCGGAAGAGGCCGUGAGCAACAGCAAGGAGAAAAAGAUGGACGACGGUGCGGAUGACAUGCUCCCAGUGGCGCCCAAAGUCGCUUGAAUUACUAUGAUUGCAAGUACAAACCUCCAAACCUCCGAAGCCUAUACUCCCUUCGAUAUUAGCUCACGAUGCUUCUUGGCAUUCUUUGAUCCGUGAUUUAGAAUCCCAUACAUGCACUCGCGGACCACAACGGAGGUGAAACUGGGCUCCAGCCCUUCUUACUCAAGACAAAUUACCAGCCCAGUAGUGAAUAGCUCAUGAUAUCCAAUGCUCAAAACUGAAAAAAAGAAGCUAACUAGCUGGUACCUAUCAACGCACACAUCAGCAAUUAGCCCCUACAAUUUACUUCACUGUCCGCCACCGCAUACAUACGCAUAAUUUGAAUUUAUCCGUACCCUUGCUGCUGUGUUUGGAACUGCACAAACUCCUCCCAUUCAACUUUUGUCUCGAACAAUGGCAGUGUAUUGCCAACUUUUAAGUACCUAACAAUUGAUGGAUCAAGUUUGAUCAAAUCUGCCAAA